AUGGAAGUGAGUCCAGUGAUUGUGGCGCUUGAGGCUGAGGAGCGGGAGCCAAAUUUUUCCGCAUGGGUACAUUGUCACCGUCCGUUGGUAUUACGCCAAAUAUGGCCCUAUUUGAUCAAACUGGCCACUUUCAUUAGCAUAAUUUGGUUCAUACUUUAA